UGUAUGUUCAUGUCCAUUCUGCUGGUUCUGCUCCCAGGAGUCACUCAUUUCUCCCACGGCAGCGCCAGCCAUGAAGAUACUGGCAGCACACCAGGCAACUGCUCCAGUGAAGAUAACUGCUCUGAUGGCGUGGUGCUGCCGAUGUGGAACCCCCAAAACCCUGCGGUGGGUGACAAGGUGGCACGUGCAAUUGUUUACUUUGCUGCCCUCAUAUACAUGUUCCUGGGCAUGUCCAUUAUCGCAGACCGCUUUAUGUCUUCCAUUGAGGUCAUCACUUCUCAGGAAAAGGAGAUCACCAUCAAGAAGCCCAACGGUGAGACGACAACGACUACAGUGCGCAUCUGGAAUGAGACAGUAUCCAACCUGACUCUGAUGGCGCUGGGCUCAUCUGCACCAGAGAUCCUGCUGUCUGUCAUUGAAGUGGUCGGCCAUAAUUUUGAGGCUGGAUCUUUGGGUCCCAGUACCAUUGUGGGCAGCGCUGCCUUCAACAUGUUCAUUAUCAUUGCUAUCUGUGUCUAUGUGGUGCCAGAAAAUGAAACCCGCAAGAUAAAGCACCUGCGGGUGUUUUUUGUCACUGCUGCCUGGAGCAUAUUUGCCUACAUCUGGCUGUAUCUCAUCCUGUCUGUGUUCUCCCCCGGAGUGGUGGAGAUUUGGGAGGCCGUCCUCACCUUCUUCUUCUUCCCCGUCUGCGUGCUGCAAGCAUGGAUUGCAGACCGACGCCUGCUCUUCUACAAAUACGUCCAUAAGCGUUACCGUGCUGACAAGACCCGUGGCAUUAUCAUCGAGUCAGAGGGAGAUGCCAUGUUCACUAAAAUGGACUUGGAGAUGGACGGCCAGGGAAUGAACUCCCACACUCACCCUAAAGAGGCUCUGGACGGGAUGCUGGAGGGGGUAGAGGAAGGUGGAGGAAUGAGUGCAGAGCAAGAUCAAGAGGAAGAGGCCCGACGGGAGAUGGCUCGCACACUGAAAGACUUAAAACAGAGGUACCCGGAGAAGGACAUGGAGCAGCUGAUUGAGAUGGCCAACUACCAAGUACUGGUCCAGCAACAGAAGAGUCGGGCCUUCUAUCGCAUUCAAGCCACACGCAUGAUGAUCGGAGCUGGGAACAUCUUGAAAAAGCAUGCCGCUGACCAGGCCAGGAAGGUGGUGAGCUGUCAUGAGGCCAGCGGGCAAGAAGAGGACCCCAACACCAUCUACCUGCAGUUUGAAACCUCUCACUACCAGUGCUUUGAGAACUGUGGCUCACUAAAGCUGUCAGUGACACGACAUGGAGGAGAAAGUGGCUGCACUGUGAAGGUGGACUACCGCACAGAAGAUGCCACUGCCAAUGCCGGCUCAGACUAUGAGUUUGCUGAGGGCACUUUGGUCUUCAAGCCUGGUGAGACAACAAAAGAAUUCACUGUUGGCGUUAUCGAUGACGAUAUUUUUGAAGAGGAUGAGCACUUCUAUGUGCGCCUCAGUAAUCCACGUAUCGUGCACCGAGCUGAGGUCUCCGUGCUGGAACCAAGCUCAAUCACCUCCAGCAACAGCAUGGUGGGCAUCUCCUCCCACGUUCCUCCAAAGGCAGCCCUGGGCAGCGCUCACACCGCCACAGUUACCAUCUAUGAUGACGACCACGCCGGCAUUUUUACAUUUGAGAGUAACUCCACAAGGGUCAGCGAGAGCAUCGGCAACAUGCAGGUGAAGGUUCACCGGACGUCCGGGGCGAGGGGGAAGGUGGCGGUGCCCUACCACAUUGUCGAGGGCACUGCCAAGGCAGGGGAGGACUACGAGGAGGUUUCCGGCAAGCUGGAGUUUCAGAACGAUGAGACCAUGAAGCUGUUGAAUGUGAAGAUCAUCGAUGACGAGGAGUACGAGAAGAACAAGACUUUCACGAUUGUGUUGGAGGAGCCCAUCCUGCUGGAGGUGGGACAGAGACACGGAGACACCAACGAUAACAAGACAGUGGUGGGACCGGAGGACGUGUCAAAGAUGGGCUGCCCCUGUCUGGGCGAGCACACUAAACUAGAGGUGGUCAUUGAGGAGUCCUAUGAAUUCAAGAGCACAGUGGACAAGCUGAUCAAGAAGACGAACCUGGCUCUGGUGGUGGGGAGCAGCAGCUGGAGAGAGCAGUUUGUUAGCGCUGUCACUGUCAGCGCAGGUGAUGAUGAUGAGGAAGAGAGCGGAGAGGAGCGCUUGCCAUCUUGCUUUGAUUACAUUAUGCACUUCCUGACAGUUUUCUGGAAAGUCCUCUUCGCUUUCGUCCCACCCACUGAGUACUGGAACGGCUGGGCCUGCUUCUUCGUGUCCAUUUCCCUCAUUGGCGUUCUGACAGCUGUAACCGGGGACUUGGCCUCUCAUUUUGGCUGCACCGUCGGUCUCAAAGACUCGGUCACUGCUGUGGUGUUCGUGGCCCUCGGCACCUCUGUUCCAGAUACAUUUGCAAGUAAAGUGGCUGCCAUCCAGGACCAAUACGCUGACGCCUCCAUUGGCAACGUGACAGGCAGCAACGCAGUGAAUGUGUUCCUGGGCAUCGGGGUGGCGUGGACUAUCGCGUCCGUUUACUGGCACACCAAAGGCAUGGCCUUCAGGGUGAACCCAGGAUCUCUGGCCUUUUCCGUCACCCUGUUCACCAUCAUGGCGCUGGUGUGUGUGCUGGUGCUGCUCUACCGCCGGCGUCCCAGCGUGUCAGGCGGAGAGCUCGGGGGCCCACGGACACCCAAGCUCCUCACCUUCUUCUUGUUCCUUUCCCUCUGGUUCAUCUACAUCCUGUUGUCCUCCCUGGAGGCGUACUGCUAUGUGCCUGGCUUCUGA